AUGGGGCGCCAUGGCCCUUGGGUGCCUGGCUUUACCCUUGUCCUACUGCUGCUGCCACCUCCGCUGCUGCUUAGCAUGAGGAGCUUCCAGCAUGACAACCCUCGGCAGAGAAUCAUCUACCACCGUCCACACUCAGACUCCAUGAGCUUCCAAGAGCAGAAUGUGAGGCAUGGCAAAGGCCGUGGGAAGGAGAAGAUUCCGGAGUUCUGCAAUGGAGCCUUUGACAUUUACUUUAUUGUGGACAAAAAAGCCAUGCGUGAGCAACUUACCCUGAUGGAGGAUAUUGAACCUGGUGGAGAUAUAGCCCUGGAGGAAGGAGUUAAAAAGGCAAAUGAGCAGAUUCGACAAGCCAACUCUGGAGACACCAAGGUUUCCAGCAUGAUUAUGAUUUUGCUCAGUGGAAAACUGAUGCCAGAACAUUUUAAGAAGACGAAGGAAGAACUUAACAAAGCUCGGAGAAUGGGGGCGAACGUUUACUGCGUGGGUGUGAGCAAGUAUAACAGACAGCAGGUAGAAUUAAUCGCAGACAGCGCAGAGCACAUGUUUGCAAUGGAUAGUGGACUGGCGGCACUGUAUGACCUAGUGGACAGAAUCGCAACAAAGGCCUGUCUUGAGAUUAGAUCUGUGGAUCCCUCCACUGUGUGUGUGGGAGAACCCAAGCAAAUAGUUGUUCAUGGAUUCGGCUUUAAUAAUGCAAAGGAGCAGGAUGAUGUUAUUUGCAGAUUCAAGUUGAGCGAAACCAAAGCCGUUGAUGCAAAACCAAUCAGUGUGGAUGAGACCACCAUCACUUGCCCUGGACCAAAGAUGAGCAUAUCUGGACAGCAAAUCUUUGUUGAAGUCAGCCUGACCGGUGGCAGAACCUUCCUCUCCAAUGAUGUCAGCAUAAAGAGCACCACCUGUCAGCCUGUUAAUGCAUGCCCCACAGUGAUUCUUAGUUGCUGUGACAGGCAAGGAGGGGGAGUGUGCAGAAUGUGUCGGAUGAAUCUGCUACAUGAUAGUAUGGGUCCUAUGUACAACUUCUUUCAACCAAGCUGCAACCAGUUGCCGUUCAUGUGGUUUCCACGCAGGUUCCAGGACAGGUACCUCAACUUGGCCACAGUGCAGCCCCACUGUAUACCCUCCAGCCCAAAGGUCUGCUUUCGACACAGCCAGGAAUGCCUUCCAGUAGCCCCGGCACCCCUUCCAAUAGCCCAGGCACCCUGUGCACCCUGUGUACCCUGUGUCCCAAAGUCUUGUCUUCGACACAGCUGGCAUGAUCUUCCGCAAGUCCAGGACCCCUGUGGCCUAAAACUCUGUCUUCCAGCCAGCCAGACAUGCCGCCCCAUUACCCGCUUCUCCAGGUGCCGCCGCAUUGCAGCCAGGUGCUCAAGGCCUCCCUCCAGGAUGCUGACUUUAGCCCCUGCUUCUACUCACAGUUGCCCCUGA